AAAGAAACAAAGACCGCCUGCGCUCGCAGAGAAAUCCAAGGAAUUCAACAGCAGGAGGUGACGUCAGAUUCACUCAUUUUGCGGUGUUGUCGCUCUCAAAAACAUUUGAUAUGGAGUAGAACAAUUACCCAUGUUCCGAAGUUUUAGUUUUCGCAUUUUCGGGGACUUUUUCAGUUCGCGAAAUACUUUUGUAUUAACUUCACAAGAGAGACAUUGAGCAGUGAUAGCAUGGCAAAUUCGUUGUUUUGUUUUUCUUGAGGAAAUACGGAAUUUCUCCUCGCAAACAACAGGGGAAGUGCGCCCUGUCCUUUGUCUGACACGGGUGUUUUUAAAGUAUUCGACAUGGACAUUUACGGAUACAAUGGUGUUUUUCUGGUCAAAAGACUAUUUAAUAAUGCAGCUUUUGAGAUUUCGAACGUGUCAGACAUUACGAAGACGAAUCCUCAGGGAUGCGAUAACGGGGCUUUGACAAACAGAUUCGGAGUCUUGAUUCAAGGGUUGCUGGCCAUAGUUGCCUUCAGCACAUUGAUGGUGAAGAGGUUCCAUGAGCCCGUAGGGGUCAGAAGACCAUGGAGGAUCUGGUUUUAUGACACGUCCAAGCAGGCCAUUGGCGCUCUCUUCAUCCACUUCGCCAAUGUGUUCCUCUCCAACCUCACAGAAAUGGACCCCUGUUCCCUGUAUCUGAUGAACUUCCUGCUCGAUGCCACGCUAGGCAUGCUGGUCAUCUGGGCGGGGGUCAAGGUUGUCUCCAGGAUCGUGGAGUACAAGCAGUUCACACUGCUCACCUUUGGAGAAUACGGUGACCCUCCCCAGGCUGCAGCAUGGCUCGGUCAGUGUGGUGUCUACCUUCUCAUCAUGGUCCUGGAGAAGAGUGUAGUCAGCUUGGUCCUGCUUAUUCCUGGAUGGACCAAUCUGCAGUCUGUGUUGCUGGACUACAUCCCUAACCCUCAGGUGGAGCUUGUGUUGGUCAUGCUCAUCGUGCCCUUCAUUGUCAACUCCAUCAUGUUCUGGGUGGUGGACAGUCUGAUGAUGAGGAAGUACAAGACUCUGAAGAGCCUGGUCGACUCCUGCGACUCCUCGACCAAGGUCGACUCCAUGGCGCCGUGGGUUACCGGCGACGAGUCACGGGUCCUGUUGACAGUCGAAACAGACACUGAGGAGGAGGAUAGUUCAACAAUGGUUCGAGGAGGGUCCCGCUCUAGCCUCCCAGUAGUGGGCAUAACACCUAGCUGGGUGGAGGUGUAGCUCUGGUACCCUUCUCUACAAGACCCUGACCCGAGCCACACAUACGCUGACCCGUACGCUCCUUCCAGAACACACAGAUUUGCUUUUUUUCAUUGUACACAUCCCAAUGAUGUCUUUGAUGACUUGGCUGUUAUGAGGAUGUUGAAUGUUAUAUGAACUAUGCUUGAUGAAGAAGAGAGGAAAAAAAAGUCCUUCGCCCUUGCAGUCCCUGUUUACCGAAACAACAAGCUCGGUGUGGCUAUAAAGUGUCUCUUAAUGGAGAUAAUUAGAGAGCACAGUGUGAGCUUGAGGGAACACAACAGUGGUGAUGAAAGAGUAAAUCUGUCCUCUCUCAGGGGGAUGUUGUGAAAAGGGUGUUUGUUGAUCUCCAAAGAGCUCUUUGACAUCAUACAAAUUACUGCUUGGUUCAAACCUUGACAUACAGCGUCUAAUAGUCUGUAAUUAAAUGCGUUAAAAGUCUGUUUUGGACCUGUAGUAUUUAGUAGAAUCCACUACUAGUGUUCCUGUAUCCUUUCCUCCUUCGCCACUAACAGGUGGAAGGGCUGGAUAGUUUCAAUCAUUGAUUUCACCUAUCACGUCCACUCAGAUCAGUUGACAGACUAUUGUAACUCAGCUGGAGGAGUUGGACCUUAAAGUUGGCAAUGUUUUAUCUGAGUUGGACUGUAGUGGUCUGGAACAGUUCUUCACACUGUCUCCAGAAGAUGUUUAACAAGGUGGAAAAUAGUAUUCGAUGUGGAAAAUGGACCAGAUCAUUUUAUAUUCCUCAUGGAUGUCCAUUUGGGAUUGAUUUGGAAUCUAUACAAAUAUUUGCGAUGUUUCUACUAUGAACUAAAUAUCUUAGUGAUAUGGAGUGAUUUUGAACAUUCUAAUGUAUUUUCUUAUUUCUUUUGUGUAUUUGACAUAUUUUACUGUAUUCAUCUUACUUGGGGUUAAACCUGUGGUAAUGACAUGUAAUGGGAGAUUUCGAAGUGGUGUGACAGAAAUGAUCACAGUCAAUUCAGAGAUUACCUGAGAUACCAAAAUAGUGUUCAGGUUACCAUUUUAAUGUUGAUUCUUAUAGAUCACAUUUCUCAAUCAUUGAGCUGUUAACUCUAACAUGAAAAUACAGUACUGCCAUUUUUGUAAUGAUUUAAUGAUGUUCCUGUAACCAUUUAAUGUCUUAGUGAUGUGAAAGAUUCUGAUUGUGAGACUGUCAUGUCACGUGACCUCAAAUGUGUAGAACAGCUACUGUGAGGACCUGCGACACUACAUGUAUGCUAAUUAUUCACUGUAAAAAAGAAAAUGACUCAUGCUCUGUCUAUAACAUAUAUUUUAUUUAGCGUUACUCCAAUCCAUCAUGUAUGUGUUUUGUGGAAACAGAAUUUUGAAUUGUGACUGAAUGUUUAAUGGAUAUCCACUUGAAAGUGCCAUGUUUGCUAUAAUAUAUUCAUGAUUCAUUUAUGAUACAACAAGAAACAUGUCUUUGUCUUAACUGUUGUCACUAUUGUUUGUAUUAUCAUUUAAAUUAAAGUAAAAUUGUAUAAUAAUAAAAACCACGAGUGUUGAAUACCU